AUGUUCCUUCAUUCGGGGGCUGCGAUGCACGGCCACGAAUUCUCCAACAGAUCCCCCUCCAACAGCCCCUCACCUUCGCCCUCACCUUCCGCCAACGCUGCCCACCGCCUCCGAUCCGCUUUCGGCCACCCGCCAAAGGACCAAGAUGAGGACACGAACGCCAAGGAUCUCGACAAGAGGGACCUCGUCGCCAUCAUCUCCCCCAUCACACCGCGAAAGGAAGGUGAGCGACGGGCGUCGGCCGACGAGGUUGAGAUUGUGCUUGCCGAUGGCUCCGUGUGGAUGGGUAAGCCAUGGGGCAAUGGCUCUUACGAGUUUGUGCACAUUGACGAGAGCGGCGUCUCCAAGACGGCGCGAUGGGUGAAGAAGGGCGUCAAGGCCAAGCGGGACAGCUUUGGUGCGCCUUCGCCGCCACCAACGCCGGACUCGAAGUAUAUUUUCAGCCUUAUCGACCCCACCACCAGACGACAUCCCAUCAUGGCGACCCUGACAUCUUCGAACCUCGAGGUUCUGGAUCACUAUGUUGCGCUUUCCAAGUCUCACGAGGAGGAAAAUGAGGACGAGGAUGAGCCGCCUCGGCAGAAGAUGAUGCGGGCCAUGGAUGAUGUCGCUCGUACCCUGAUCACCGUGACUGCUGUCUGGGUAUCGCUGCGCAACAAUCAGAACUGGCCCAUGCGUGCACCUCGCCCGACGCUCCGGACAACCGGCAGCGCCCGCACUACGAGCAUGGGUUCCGACCGUAGUCGCGCUUCGACGUUUCCCAUGUCGGCCUCGGAGGUCAGCCGUCCUUCUUCGCCCGUAUCAGUCGCGACGCCACAGACGAACUCGGCGCCUAAGCGGUCGUUGUCCAUGGGUGCAGCGUACAUGCAACGGCGGCUGGCGAGACAAGGCAACGAGUCGCCACCUCAGAACGAGACGCCCACCGAGGGCGAUGAUGUAGAGGACCCGAAGAUCCUGGCUAUCGGCGCAUCGGCGAAGCUGCAGAAGAGAAAGUCCAUUUGUCGCCGGGUCCGCGACUGGGGCCACCGCAUCACGCACUCGAGCAAGGAGAAAGAGACGCAGAAAAGGAAUUAG